AUGAAGAUUUCACGUCCUGAAUCUGAUCAGUGGAUUACUUCUCGUGGAUUACUUUCUGGUCGAUUACUGAAUCUGAUCAGUGGAGAUCAUUUGGGUUUAUUCUGCAAUACCAAAACCCCAAGUGCCACCGUGUCUCUUGAUAAGAAUGAUGUUUCCGUGCCGGAAUCGACGCUUUCCUGCAGGUUUCAAAGCGAAGCAGCUUCAGUGGAAUCAAAGAGCUCUUGCGGGUUUGACCAGGGGCUAGUUUCUACAGAGUUAACGCUCUUUUCUGGGGUUCAAAUCGAAGCCAAGAAACGCAAAGCACCUGAAGCUAGAAGCUCUCUUGUCUCUUUUGCCAGGAUCCAUGAGCUAUUUACUGAGAACCCACAUGAAGGAGUUUCAACAGAUCUGAAGCUGUACGAUGAAUCAUGGAAGUAUCCCGAGAAGACCCAAACCGUGAAAGACACACCUGAAGGAGUUUCAAAGGCGCUGAAGCCGUUUGAUGAAACAUGGAAUAUUGAUCCCAAUAAGAGCGGAACCGUGAAAAACUCUGCUAUUAAUCCAAAGGAAGAUAGCCCAACAGUACUGAUCUCUUACAAUUCCAAGGUUACAGUGACCUCCAAUGCUGUGACUGCGAGGACGAGAGUGCGGCACCACGACAAAGAUGAUCUACACGCAGAGAUCAGGACACCCACUGCCAUGGAGGAUCCUUGGAAAAUCAAGAAGACACUAACGGAGAGUGAUCUUGGUAAUAUGAGCCGGCUCUUGCUGAAAACAACUUGGGUCAGGCAUCAUGUUUUGCCAUUCUUGGAUACCGAUAUCAUUAGAGAAGUUGAGAGUGAGGGCAUCCGCAUUUACGUUUGGGAUCGCGAUUGUCAGUCCGCACACGAGUUGGUUCUCAAGAAGUGGAAAACCUCUAAGAGUUACGUUUUGAUCAAUAUGUGGCACAAAGAUUUUGUGAACAGGAGGAACUUGAAGAAAGGGGAUGUCAUUGGCCUUUAUUGGGAUCCCUCUAAUUCAAUGCUCCAUUUUAGCGUUCUACGACGUCGGGCUGAUCUGAUUGCUCAACCAAAUCGCUAA